AUGGCCUCUGCCAAUAUUGACCCCGCCGGAGCCGCCGCCCUAAGGCCGCCCUCCGGAUCACGGCGCGUUGCGACUUUGCCCGCUCCUGCCUCGCUUUCUGGGUCUUCCCCGUCGGAGAAGAGGACCCGUUCGCCUGGUCCAACCCCGCCUGUGCUUGGUGCCCGCCUUUUGCCCCUUCGCCCUGCACCGGCUCCGCCGUUUGAUGACAAGUGCGACUACGCUUCGAAUGACGUCCUUCUUUUCUGGAAACCUCCGUCUGUGUUCUCGCAAUGGACUCCUUCGGCUUUUGACGUACUGGGUGUACGUCAUUCAUGUGGUGAGCAAUUCAUGAUGUUUGAGAAAGCGAAGUUGUUUGGAGUUAUGACGUCGUAUGACAAAAUUAUCGCUGCAACAGAUCCUACGACACACAAGUUUUUGGGUCGAAAUGUGCGUCCUUUCGACCAUGCUGAAUGGGAGAGUCGUCGUGAAGAGAUCGUGCUUACCGGGUCGUACGCCAAAUGUGCUCAAAAACAUGACAUAAAACAUCAUCUACUGGAGACGGGUACCCGACUCCUUGCAGAAGCCAGCCCCUUCGAUCGUGUUUGGGGUAUCGGCAUGUCUGCAUGCUUUCCAGAUGCUAGCGAUCCAUCCAAGUGGGCGGCUAGCGAUCCUACGACACACAAGUUUUUGGGUCGAAAUGUGCGUCCUUUCGACCAUGCUGAAUGGGAGAGUCGUCGUGAAGAGAUCGUGCUUACCGGGUCGUACGCCAAAUGUGCUCAAAAACAUGACAUAAAACAUCAUCUACUGGAGACGGGUACCCGCCUCCUUGCAGAAGCCAGCCCCUUCGAUCGUGUUUGGGGUAUCGGCAUGUCUGCAUGCUUUCCAGAUGCUAGCGAUUCAUCCAAGUGGGCGGCUAGCGGUAAAAACUUGUUGGGAAAAGCUUUGAUGGAAGUUCGACGCCUUUUGCGUGAUCAUCCCCUCUCUGGCGAAGAUUUCCCCGCUUCCAAUUCUCCCACGCCCCCAUUUCGCAGCCUCCUCUCCAUGGACAUCGACGCAUUCAUGAGGUUUCUACUGCUACAGGGAGCUCGGGAAUUUCUUUGGGGCCGGAGCCUGCACUCGUUGAGGUUGUGCCGAGCUCGAGCCGGGAGACGUAAUUGGGGUGUCUGCCGCGCCGCUACUACGAGUACCGGUGGAAACCCUGAAGGCGGCACCAUCUUCGAUUCCUACCGGCCCCACAACAUCUACAUCACCACCUCGGACGUUAACGCUCUGGUGGAUUUGGAUGUACAACCCCUCCCUCGAGUGGACGGUAUCUUGAAUUCUCUGUACACCGGGAAAGUGUUCUCCAUCUUCGACCUCAACUCGGCUUUUCACCAGAUCGUUUGUGAUGAAGACACUGUCCCGCUCACCGCCUUUUUCACUCCCACGCAGUUGUUCGAAUGGCUUCGGAUGCCGCAGGGCGCCAACGCAAGUCCGUCUUGGUUCGUCAAGGUCAUCAACAGAGUGGUGCACAGUCUGGAGCGUGUGCUGGCUUAUCUGGAUGAUGUCAUCUGUUUCGAUGAGGAACCUUUGGGACACGUGCUGCACUUGAUCGAGUUCUUCAAACGACUGCGACAGUACAACCUCAAACUGUCUCCAGGGAAGGGUCGCGUUGGCACCACGCACGCCAACUUUCUCGGUCACACCAUCUCUCCGGCAGGUGUUAGCCCUGAUGGCGUCAAGGUUAGGGCGCUCACGCACAUGCCGCCGCCGCCGAAUGUUAAGCAGCUUCGGAGUCUUCUCGGUGGACUCAACUACUACCGGAAAUUCCUCAAGAAUCUCGCCACCAAGGUGCGGCCUCUCAACUCUCUUCUCAAACAAGGCGUCCCCUUCAAGUACACCCCGGGCAUGGUCAAGGUUGUCAAAACGUUGUUAAGCGAACUCGCUCGCCCCCCGAUUUUGGUCUUCCCGGAUUGGGCAGCAAUCGAGGACAACAGCCGUCCUCUUCGUUUGUGUUCCGACGCGUGUAUCGACGGUUUUGGCGCUUCCUUGGAACAAAAACAGCUCGAUGGCUCGCUCGAUGGCUCGGUGAGACCCAUCGUGUACAUCAGCCGCGCUACUCUUCCUGCGGAGCGUAACUGGACCGUUUUGGAUCUGGAGGCUGGUGGCAUUGUUUGGGCCAUCAAACGCCUUCGCGGUUAUCUGUGGUCGACCAAGUUCAUCAUCUAUUCGGACCACAAAGCAUUGGAGAGCAUUGGCAAGGUUGGGGAACACAACGCUAGGGUGCAACGAUGGCUGGAAUUCCUGUCCAACUUCACCUACACCCUGAAAUAUCGGAAAGGUUCGGCAAACGGCAACGCGGAUUUUCUUUCGCGGUUGCCUUUACCAGCACAAGACACGGACAACACCGGCCC